AUGUUACUUGGACGCAAUGUGAAGGAUGCAGCAACUGCUUCCUCACAAGCCAAGCUUGGGACGUACACGUUACUCCAGUUUGGGGACGAUGCAUCAAUCGGUGGACCUCCUGGGGCACUGAUCCGGACGACACCACUAAUUCCUAAUGUGACCCAAUAUGCAGUAAGAGUCAUGGGUAUCAGUGUAUGUGCAAAGCGCCUUCAUAUAAAUCCCGAAGUUUUUCGGAUGAGAUCAGAUCAUACAGGUGGGUUUGUUUUCGACACCGGAUUGCCUUACACUAUUCUUGUUCAUACUACCUAUACUGCUGUAAGAGCGGAACUGGUCCAAUAUUUCACCGAUAUGUAUGGUUUGCACCCAAGACCUCCUCAACCCGGCAGUUUGACUUGUGCUAUGACUUGCCACAUGGUCAUUAUGGAUUUCCAUUUGUGA